AUGGCAUCAAGUUCUGCUAUCCUCCCCGACCUACUGCCAUCCCAAUCUAUAACUCCCGCACUCUCCCAGCAAAAGCCCACAAACAUCGUGCCCAUAGUAGGCGGCGUCGUCGGCGCACUCGCACUAAUCUGCCUGACUAUCCUCGGUGUACUGCUCAUCCAGCGAAAGCGUAGACCUGCAAAAAACGGCAUACAACCCCCAGACUACACAUUCAACGACCGGAACAACUUCGCCAGUAAAGCCGAACUUAGCACGCAUAACUCGAGAUAUAUACCGAAAGGGUAUGGCUGGGAUAGCAGUCAUAGCCCGGUUGAGAUGCAGGAGAGAAGUUAUGUUAAUAUGAAGCCGGUGGAGCUGCCGGGGAAGCCUUCUACGACUUGGCCGCUGUUCACAACCGUGGAUACCGUAAGAUCGCAAUUCGCCCCAGGCACGGUGGUCAUGGUUGCGAUCGGUGGUUGGGGCGAUACCGCCAGCUUCUGCGAGGCAGCAAAGGAUGAUUCGUCGCGCAAACGAUUUGCACGUAACAUUGCAGCGAUGAUUAAUGAUACUGGAGCUGAUGGUGUUGAUAUCGACUGGGAGUACCCCGGUGGCAACGGCGAAGACUACAAAAAAGUCCCAAACUCAGAACGAGCCUGGGAAAUCGCCGCCUACCCUAAACUCCUCGAAGAGAUCCGCGCAGCAAUCGGUCCGUCUAAACUCAUCUCAGCAGCCGUCCCCGGCUUACCACGUGACAUGAUGGCCUUCACUCACGAAACCGUGCCUAUCAUCAACAAAUACGUUAAUUUCUUCAACAUCAUGACGUACGACCUGUUGAACCGGAGAGAUAACGUUACAAAACAUCAUACCGGUAUCCAGCUAUCCCUUGAAGCAAUAGACGCGUACAUCAGCCGCGGUGUCCCAUCAUACAAAGCUAAUCUAGGCUUCGCCUUCUACACAAAAUGGGCCAAAACCGCCCCCGACGGCGGCGGCUGCGAUAUCAACCCCGUAGGCUGUAGAACCGAUCUCCUGGAAGAUCCCGUGACAGGAGCCGACAUGGGCAAAACCGGUGGUUUCUCCUGGCACGAUAAAGUGCCAGAGGAUGUGGUGCCAUCUUUCCACAAGGCGUUAGCCAACGGGACGUAUGAUGCAGAGGGCGGCGGGUACUACUAUUGGGAUAAGGAUGAGAGUCGGUGGUGGACGUUUGAUACACCCGAGGCUAUCAAACUCAAGUUUCCGGCGAUUGUGGAGAAGAGAGGGCUUGGGGGCGUGUUUGCGUGGGGUUUGGGCGAGGAUGCAUCGCAGUUUAGGCAUCUGGAGGCGCUUACGGGGGGGUUUGAGAGUUUUAAGCUAAGGAAGGAGAGGGCAAAGGAGGAGGAGAGGUCGGAGUUGUGA